CUCGAGCUGCACUUUGACCUUAUCUUUAUAUGUAACAGGAAAGAGCCGCUCUUGGCCCAGACGGGGGGGACACCGGCGGCUGCAGGAGCGGCCGGGCAGCGCCAGGCACCGCGGAUUUCAGCCCAGAUGGAUGCGCUGUACGGCAGGAAUAAGGAAGAGCACCCAGAGCCCAUAAAAGCUGAGGUGCAGGGGCAGUUGCCCACUUGGUUGCAAGGGAUACUGCUCCGGAAUGGCCCAGGCAUGCACACGAUAGGGGACAGCAAGUACAACCACUGGUUUGAUGGCAUGGCUCUGCUGCACAGCUUCACAUUUAAAAAUGGUGAAGUUUACUACAGAAGUAAAUAUCUCCGAAGUGACACAUACAACUGCAACAUAGAAGCAAACAGAAUCGUGGUGUCUGAGUUUGGGACUAUGGCUUAUCCAGAUCCAUGCAAAAACAUAUUUGCCAAGGCAUUCACCUAUUUGUCUCACACCAUUCCUGAGUUCACAGACAACUGUCUGAUCAACAUUAUGAAAGCUGGGGAUGAGUUUUAUGCUACUGGCGAGACUAACUUCAUCAGGAAAAUUAAUGCACAGACUCUGGAGACAUUGGAGAAGGUUGACUACAACAAAUAUGUAGCUGUAAAUUUGGCAACUUCUCAUCCACACUAUGACAGUGCUGGAAAUGUUCUCAACAUGGGCACUUCAAUAGUUGAUAAAGGGAAGACAAAAUACCUUCUAUUUAAGAUUCCUUCCUCUGUACCAGAACAGGAAAAGAAGAAGUCUUGUUUCAAGCACCUGGAAGUGGUUUGCUCCAUCCCUUCUCGCUCUCUGCUCCACCCCAGCUACUACCACAGCUUUGGAAUCACAGAGAAUUACAUUAUCUUCAUAGAGCAGCCCUUCAGACUGGAUAUUGUCAAAAUGGCAACUGCUUACAUCCGAGGUGUGAGCUGGGCUUCCUGCCUUGCCUAUAAUAAGGAUGAUAAGACUUGGUUUCACUUUAUAGACAGGAAGACUAAAAAAGAAGUGUCCACCAAGUUUUACACCGAUGCUAUGGUGUUUUUUCACCAUAUAAAUGCUUAUGAAGAAGAUGGCCACAUUGUUUUUGAUAUUAUUGCCUAUACAGACAAUAGCUUAUAUGACAUGUUUUAUUUAAAAAACCUGGGUAAAGACUUUGAAGAGAAUGUAAAACUUACCUCCAUACCAACCUGCAAAAGAUUUGUGGUUCCUCUGCAGCAUGACAAGGAUGCUGUAGUGGAUUCUAAUUUAGUCACACUUCCCUCUACUGCAACUGCUAUAAAGCAAAAAGAUGGAAGCAUCUAUUGCCAACCUGAAAUACUAUGUGAAGGGAUAGAGCUGCCUCGCAUCAACUAUGACUAUAAUGGCAAAAAAUACAAGUAUGUCUUUGCAACAGAAGUCCAGUGGAGUCCAGUUCCUACAAAGAUAGCAAAAUUUAAUACUCAGACAAAGGAAAUGCUCCACUGGGGACAGGAUGACUGCUGGCCAUCCGAGCCCGUUUUUGUUCCCAGCCCUGAUGCAAAAGAAGAGGAUGAUGGUGUUGUUCUGACCUGUGUUGUGAAGACUGAUCCAAAGGAUCCACCCUUCCUACUUGUCUUGGAUGCUAAAACAUUCACAGAGCUGGGUCGAGCCACAGUAAAUGUGGAAAUGCAUAUGGACCUGCACGGAAUGUUUAUACCACAGCAAGAUGUGAAAACUGGGACUGAAUAAAACCUGUUUGUUGUAUUCCACAGACUGACAUAACCUUCUACUGAAUGUGGGAUAAUAUCCUUCAGGAAAAGCUUCUCUUAUGAUAAGAAAUGACUAAUUAUAACUUCCUCAAUAUCUUCAUAUAAUCUCUAAGAAGAGAAAGAAAUGACAUUAUUACAAAUUGUUAUGUGGACCACUGGUAUAUCACGAUUUCAAAUGAAGAAUUAUCAAUAUGAAGUGCUAAUGUUGAAUACAGCUUGAAGGGCAAGGAAUAGGAGACAAAGGUAACAAGAAAUGUUUUGUUUGAGUAGAACAAAGCUUUCUGAGCAAAUUAAGUACUUUAUUCAUAAGGUGACAUAUGGCAUGAGUCACACAUGUCUGCAGGUCAUGUAACUUCCCUGGGCUGUUGCAAGACUGCAGCUGACAAUGAAAGUUGUCUCCUGCCAGAAAACCUCAUGUUAAACUAUCUACCAUGAUACCAAUAAUUCAUGGCAAUGUAUUCUCUUGGUGCUUGAUUUCUUAAACUCUACCAUAACCAAAGUAUUAUGCUGAGGUGCUACAUUUUUCUUAUCCCUAAGAACCUAUCCCCCCAGCUUUUCUAACAAUUUCAUGGUGUAUUUUUCGCUUUUAUGUUGACAAAACCAAGUAAAUUUAUUGAAAUAGAGUACAUGGUUAUAUGUAGCAUUCAAUUAUACUUUAGUGACAUUCAAUCUUAAGCAGUUUGUAUUUAAAUCAGUUUUCCUUGGGCAGAAUAUCUGCCAUGGCAUUUCAUGUAAUUACAUGAUUACAUUCAAAUGUUUACAUCUUCCAUAAAAUGGAAAUAAACACUUCAGUAAGGUGUGUCUGCAGAAAUAGUCACUUUGAGUGCUUACAAGGCACAUUACCAUUAAUAGUUAAUAGAACUUUAUCUUCUAAAGAAGAAAUUUAAUUCCAUUUUUGUAAAUAGUAUUAAACCAAUACUGGACGAGAAGACUGACUUGUGAUAUGGCAAAAGACAUCAGCUCUGGGAUUUCUUUUCAUAUGAAAAAGUUUGGAUUUAAAAAAUGCCCACAAAUACAUUUCUAGAAUUACAAGGUAGCAAUGAAUCAAAAGUCUAACCAUUGUUACAGAUUUCCUUCUAAAAGUUUGUCUCCAGAAUUUCUUCUGUAGUACUCACAGGGUUGUUUUUGGGAUGAUUAUGGGUUUGGAUACAGGAGUUGACUGCUGAGGAGGUAAUUUUUACUGGUAGAGAUGACAGGAUAGGGGACACACUCAUCAUAAAAACAACCUGUAGUCUAAGAAAGCAAACAUGUUGUUUACAUUCACAUAGAAAUAAUGCAGAAAAUAAGUGAUAAAAACUUGUCUUGGGCAUGAUUUCUUAAAUGAGAUAUUCCGUAUUCCCUUGGUCAGUACACAACAUUUGAUUUGCAUUGUUUGUAGUUAACCUGAGGAGAAAAACAGUGAUGUGAACCUGCAUUUGCUAAUCCCAGUAUCCUCCUGCAGCAGAGACAAUAGGAAUAAAACCAUACAGCUAAUCACAAAUUUGUUCAAGAAUGUUUUUAGUGGUUGCAAUACCAAUCUGAUGAAACAUUUACCCUGAAUAGGGUAACACACUAUCAUUUCCAGGCUGACAGAAGCAAGGGGAAAUGCAGAUAUGUUUUGCCAAGUGGCUGCAAGGCUCGUAGGGUUUUUUUGAUGUGGUAACAUGGCACGUGGUAAUGAGUGUCAUUUGGUUUGCUUCUGACACCCUUUGCUGAGAUUGAAAUCUUGAGGGCUAGAAAGGUUUGAUUCUUCUUUUGCACCAAUUUAAGUCAUAAAUUAGCACAACAAAAUUAAUGGAUUUAUUACAAUAUUGGCUUAACACAAAUCUAGAUGAAGUGACUGCAAAUAAAAAAUAGUAAAGAUAAGUAUCUCCAUUAAAAGAAAAAUACAUAGUUGAGUGAGAGAAUCAGGCCACGGGUAUGCAUACAUAUAAUUAAUUACCUCAGAGAUGCUACAAAUGGACCUUGAUAGAGUGGUUUGGUUUGUUGUUUUGGUUUGGGGUUUGGGGGUUUUUUUGUUAAUGCUUUCAUUAAAUGGAACAAAUAACAAGGUAUAACAAUGAAUUUGUUCUCUGGAACUGGAUAUUAUCUGUUACACCUUGUCCCAUUGCCCCACAUAGGCAACAGGAGGAAGCAGAAGCAGUGUUUACAAGGACGCCUUAAAAACCAGAAAUGCAACAAGGUUUUCCUCUGUAACAAUCUGUGCAGGUGGCAGGGAAACACACAGUGUCUUUCCUUCCAAAUAACCAGGCCACUCAAUGACAGCUUUUGCAAUAAUUUAAACCACUGCUCCCUUGGGUCUGCAAUUACCUGGGUGUUAAUGACAAGCAAAAUACAUCUUUCUCCUGCAGCCAAGGAGCAGUGUGCUCUCUGCCUUCAUUACCCUCAAAGAGAGCUGAGAAUGUGUCCUCUGGAUCCUCAAGCUACCCCUGACAUCCUGGAUAAUUAUACCCAAGCAACAAAGAAGUGGCCUUCUAAUAUUUGUGAAUGGGUACGUACAACAACAAGUGUUGCAGAGCCACUGGUGUUUCAUGCACAUUGCUGUGGGUUUAGGUAUUCUGUCCUACAGCCUCUGCUUCUAAAACUCCUGCUCAGAGCUGCACAACGAACCUGCAGCACUGUGCUUCACCCUGAGACACCUCUCCAGUCAGGGAGCACUUCAGCAAGGGUUCAGCUGUGAAGCCUGGCUCCACCAGGGCUGAGCACAUUCUGGGUGUGCACACCCUGGGUACAGGGUUUGGACUGCUGGGUGAUGUGUGAGGAUGUCCCAUCUGCAGAACAAACCAGCAUUGUGUCCAGCUUGGAAAGAACAAGGCUGCCUUUGUGAAGUCAUUAACUUCUCUUUCCUACAGGGUCGCUUCCAGAUACCCUAAUUCAUUUUCCAUGUGGAAAAAUGAUUUGGAGACACCAUCAAAUUGAAUGAAUGUUAGAAUUUUAUUAAAUUCCACUAAAAUGCAAGUAAUAAAAGUAAUCAAAGUAAUCAAAGUAAUCAAAGCAUGUGACCCAUCACAGCUUUACUAGAUCAGACCCUCUGAAAAUGUGAUUUUCCCAGUGAAGGAAUGGGCAGCAUGACAUCCAUUUGGGUGUUCCAGAGGCUGGGAGAUCCCAGUGCUGCUGUGCCUGUCAGCACAGGGAGCACAGUGAGCUGCUGUGCUGGUCCCUCUCAGCAGCACCAGCUCAGUGUCUGUUUUAGAGCACAUCACAGUUUGUGAAACACUUUCACUCAGUGCAAAUAGUUUCACUGCUUUAAUGUUGGAUGCUGUUAAGAAAGCAGAUGGAAUCAAGUAAUCUCUUAAUGUGCAAUUAAGCACGAUAAUAAAUGGCCUAAAUUUUACCAUGUGAA